UCUGAUCAUCCGCUGUUGUCCCUGCGUCUUGGAAAUGUGGCAAGUCCAGACAGAGCUGUAGAAGGAAGCGGUGGGGGAGACAAAAAUGCCCCUUCCUGAACCGCUCCUGUUUCUAGGCUAUCCUGGCAGCAUGCAAAAGCCAGGAGUGCUGCUGUGAAGAAAGUGCUGGGUCUGGCAGAGGGCUGGAGACCGAGGCAUGCUGCGGGUUUCCUCCUGAUGCUCUCUGAGGGGUAUUUUUAUUGGCAAAGGGAGGCUUGCUGAAGCUGGAGGAAGAUAGCGCUCAUCCAGUGUGGGGAAAAUACAAGGCUCCAGCCAGGAAACCAUGGGGAAAUGCAAUGGGCGAUGCACGCUGGUUGGAUUCUGCUGCCUUCAGCUGAUAGCAGCGCUGGAGAGGCAGAUCUUCGACUUCCUGGGCUAUCAGUGGGUGCCCAUCCUGGCUAAUUUUUUACACAUUAUGGCUGUCAUCCUGGGCAUCUUUGGGACCAUCCAGUACAGAUCCAAAUACCUCAUAAUGUACGCGGCGUGGCUGGUGCUGUGGGUUGGAUGGAACGCAUUCAUCAUCUGCUUUUACCUGGAAGUUGGACACCUGUCACAGGACCGGGAUUUCAUCAUGACCUUUAAUACCUCGCUGCACCGCUCGUGGUGGAUGGAGAAUGGGCCUGGCUGCCUGGUGACACCAGUGAUGAACUCAAACCUGGCCCCCGAGGACCAUCACGUCAUCACUGUCACCGGAUGCCUGCUUGAUUACCAGUACAUCGAGGUAGUGAGCAGCGCCAUGCAGAUAUUCCUUGCGCUCUUUGGAUUCGUCUAUGCCUGCUAUGUCAGCAAAGUGUUUAUGGAGGAAGAAGACAGCUUUGACUUCAUCGGAGGAUUUGAUUCCUACGGCUACCAGGCCCCACAGAAGACGUCACACUUACAGCUACAGCCUUUGUACACAUCUGGGUAACUCUCUUACGCCCUGGAAUCCGCCCCCCUCCUGGAUCUUUGUGGGAAUGCGAGGUGGCUGGAUGCCCCGAACAAUUGCGAACUGUCCCGAAAGCAACAACUAAACACGCCAAAGGCGAGGACGGCACAGAGCCAACACCUGGCUUCAUCUUGGUUUCCUUUUAUUUUCCUUCUGGGCAGUUGCACAGUUUUCAAGGACAUGCUGCAACACCAGAGAAAAACACACUCA